GGCGCUCAACCAGCAAAACCCCCUUUAUGGCCUUAUCCCCUUAUCUCCUACUCUGAAAGUCUCCUUUAUCCAUUUCGCUCUGGUUCUUUAAUAUGUUCUCUCUCCCUCCUUUUCUCUCUCUAAAGCCUCCUCCUCACCUAUUCUCCCUAAAGUCCUAUUCUUUCUCUCUUGCAUUCAACCCCCACCAUCACCCACUCCCCUAUCUCUGCCCACUCUCCGCCAUCGGCUCCGACAGCAAGUUCUACCCCGACCCAUCGGACGACGACCCUCCGGAGGCCCCCGAGGAUUCCGCACAUGGCUUCGACAAAUUUCAACAGAUUUACCGACAGGCCGCCCGUGCCCGGAAGCUGCAGGAGGAAGACUUCAAGAAGCACCAGGAUACCUACCUCGCCGCCAUUGCUGACGUGGAGGACGCGCCUGAUGACCCUGAUUCUGGAGAUAGUCACGACUCCGGGGACGAUAUGUUUGGGGAAAUCGACAGGGCGAUCGCUAUGAAGAGGAAGGAGUUUGUGAGGCAAGGGCUAUUGAAGCCCAACCCCAGUAAAACGGAGAAGACGAAUUUGAGUAAUGGAAGUGUUUCUGUUGAAGGGAUUGAAGAGUUGGAGGCUGAAGAGGUUGUUGAUUUGGAGGAGAUUGAUGAGCUUCAAGGGCUUAGGGUGGUGUCAUCGGACGAAGACUUUGAGGAUGAUGAGGGAGCUAAAGCAGAUGGUUUCGACAUGAUGUCGAGUGACAAAAAGGGAAAGCUUUCUCUAGAUUCUACUCCGUCUUUUGAUUUGGAUUUUGAUAGUUAUGGCAAGGCCAUGCCAAGAAUUGUGGAACCCAAGUUCAGGAUGAGCUUGGCUGAGCUUCUGGACGAGAGUAAGGUGGUUCCGGUGACUGUUUAUGGGGAUUUGGAGGUUGAGAUUACAGGGAUUCAACAUGACUCGAGGCUUGUGAAUGCUGGAGAUUUAUUUGUUUGCUGUGCGGGAAGGAAGACUGAUGGGCAUUUGUACCUAAGUGAGGCUGAUAAGAGGGGUGCGGUUGCUGUUGUUGCAAGUAAGGAGAUCAAUUUAGAAGAGACAUUGGGGUGUAAGGCUGUUGUUAUAGUGGAAGAUACCAAUGCAGUUUUGCCUGCGUUGGCAGCGUCUUUCUAUAGAUAUCCUUCAACGAAUAUGGCAGUGAUAGGGAUAACUGGGACAAAUGGCAAAACUACUACUGCUUAUUUGAUCAAGGGAAUGUAUGAGGCAAUUGGGUUGAGGACUGGAAUGUUGAGUACAGUUUCGUAUUACUUGCAUGGGGAUAGUAAGUUGGAGUCACCAAAUAUGACCGCUGAUGCUGUUUUGGUCCAGGAUUUGAUGGCAAAAAUGCUCCAUAAUGGUACUGAAGCGGUUGUGGUGGAGGCUUCUUCUCAUGGACUGGCUUCGGGGAGAUGUAAUGAGGUUGAUUUCGAUAUUGCCGUUUUUACGAAUAUGACGAGUGACCAUUUGGAUUUUCGUGGAACAGAGGAAGAAUAUAGGGAUGCCAAAGCUAAGUUGUUUUCCAGAAUGGUGGAUCCAGAAAGGCACCGAAAAGUUGUUAACAUUGAUGAUCCGAAUGCUUCUUUCUUUGUGACACAAGGUAACCCAGAUGUACCUAUUGUGACCUUUGCAAUGGAGAAUAAGAAGGCGGAUGUUCAUCCAUUGAAGUUUGAACUCUCCCUGUUUGAGACACAGGUUUUGGUUAAUACGCCACAAGGCAUAUUGGAGAUCUCCUCUGGUUUGCUAGGGAGACAUAACAUUUACAAUAUUCUGGCAGCUGUGGCAGUUGGGAUUGCAGUAGGGGCACCAUUAGAAGACAUUGUUAGAGGUAUUGAAGAGGUUGAUGCUGUACCUGGUAGGUGUGAGUUAAUAGAUGAGGAGCAGGCAUUUGGGGUGAUUGUUGACUAUGCUCAUACUCCUGAUGCCCUAUCUAGACUACUUGAUUCUGUCAGGGAGCUUGGACCAAAGAGGAUUAUCACUGUUAUUGGAUGCACUGGUGAGGGUGACAGAGGGAAGAGGCCAAUGAUGACGAAAAUUGCCACAGACAAGAGUGAGGUGACAAUGUUGACAUCUGACAACCCAAAGAAUGAAGAUCCUUUGGACAUUUUGGACGACAUGUUGGCUGGCGUAGGAUGGACAAUGCAGGAUUAUUUAAAAUAUGGAGAGAAUGAUUACUACCCACCUCUUCCAAAUGGUAAUAGGCUUUUCCUGCAUGACAUUAGAAGAGUGGCUGUCCGCUGUGCCGUUGCCAUGGGUGAAGAAGGAGAUAUGAUUGUUGUAGCUGGCAAAGGCCAUGAAACAUAUCAGAUUGAGGGUGACAAGAAAGAGUUCUUUGAUGACAGGGAGGAGUGUCGUGAUGCUCUGCAGUAUGUUGAUGAGCUACACCAAGCUGGGAUUGACACGAGUGAAUUCCCUUGGCGGUUACCGGAGAGUCAUUAGAAGUAACAGAGAGGACUUUAUAGACCAAAUUCGUGAAUGGUUACCUGUGGAUGCAGCCUGUAUGGACUAUAUACUCUUUAACUUCUUGGAAACUCAUUGCAAUGAAGAACUAAUGGCUAUGACUCUGAUGAAGGCGAUCAUGCAUCAAGGAGAAACUGAGGCAUCCUUACUGAAUUGCACAAUGAUAAGAAGUUUCUUUGCCACCGUGCUGCGGCCUAGAUUGCCGCUAGUUUUCUCCAGAGGCCUUGCGGCAAGAAAUUAAAGGUACGAUUUUGUUGGCGAAAGAUUCGAAGCUCUUUAUGUAACCUGAUUAUUUCAGCACUACGAUGGAACCAGUCGUCUGACUCCAUUUUUUCAAGCCAUUGCUCGCUAGCUCACGUGGUUGUCAAGAGGUUGACCUGGUGUGACUUAUGUGACCCCUGUAUACACCCUUUGUGUCAUACUGAUUAGGUUCUUAUUAAUGUAUAACAUUGCGUAUCAACUGUUCUUUUACAGUCUUUCAGUGAAAAAUGCAGUCUGUGUGAGCUUUUAAUAUGAACCUUCUACAUGAGAUGAGCUCCAAGAUGUGUAAUGUGUCACUAACUAGUAGAAAAUUCGAUAAUUCAAAAGACGCUUUUUUCUUUUUCCAAAA